AUGUAUACACUUCACAUCCAUCCGCACUCUGCUGCCCGUCAAUUGUUUAAUGCUACACUUCUACUAACACCUUGGAUCAAAUUCAGUUUGGCAUGUUGACCACGUAUUUGGACAUGCCCGGCAUGGACGACUAUCUGCAGCUGCAGCAGGACUUCAUCGCCUGCACAGUCCACACCAAGCAUGGCUGCGCCACUCACCCACGAAGCAUCGCUGAGAGGGAAAGAAGAGCAAGCAAUAGCAAGAGGCUAAGGAGGCUGCAAGACUUUGUGCCCAAUAUGGACAAGCAAACAACUAUGUCAGACAAAGAUCUGGAGUACCUGCUCAUAUCUGGUGAGCGGGUAGCCUCUCGCCCCAAACGCCCAAGCUCCUGGUGGUAUCCUACUCCACUCGGUUUCUUCUUCUUCCAUGCCUACACAGCUCUAGCUUUUUUUUAGUUUAGCCCGUCUAAAUUUCUGUCAUAUAAAAUCUUAUGAAACAAUGUGCUACUAUUCUUAUUACUGAACUAUGUCAAUCUGUUUUUUUUAAGUUGGGGAGUGAUGAAUCGAACAAGGAGGAAGGCCGACGUGUUUGUUCUUCAA